AUGGCUACCUCUAAAUGCGAAGAUCCUCUUGGCAGUUCAGUAAUAGAAGGCUUAGCUAUACAGGAUCAUGGUGAUCAGCGUUUUGAAUUUGAAUUGAAAAUUGACAACUCUGCAGAUUUUGAUGUAGAAAGUCAACCCAAUGAAUCAAUACCUGUAUGUUCAGAAGAUAUAUUAGUGCUAUCUGAUGGAGAAAAUAAACUGUUAAGUUCCAUAGCAGAAAUUAAAGGGGGUGAUCUCCCCAAUACUGAAGGUUCAGACGAUUGCCUUGAGAACUGCUUCACAGGUGAAAACAUCACUAAUGAGGAUGGCAUUGAACUUCAGUUGACCUCAGAUCUUAUUGAAACAGACACUAAAGAAAUACUUACUGUACAAGACUUUUCCGAUUUGAACAUAAUACCUCUCGAUGAUGACAUCACUAAUAAUGUUUCUACACCGGAUGUUGUUCCUGAUCAGGAAGCAGUAAUUUCAGUGUCUGAAACUACCAUUGAACCUCAUUCUACUGGAGAAAUGUGUAUUCCAACAUUAAAUCUGGAGAAACUGGAUAUAAUGCAACAGAAUGAGAUGAUAUCAGUUGAUAGUAUUGAAAUUAAAGAAAAACCACCAGAUGAGACAGAAAAUAUUUCUUUGGCAGACUUAAUGAAACAUAGAGAGGAAGAUGACUCCUCUGGAUCAGAAUUUGACUUUGAAUUACCUUCUGCAGCCAAAUCAACAACAGAUGUGACAGAAAAUCCUCAGUCACCAAGUAAAAAAUUCAAAGCUCCAGCCCCUCCUCUACCAGCGGCAUCACUGCUCCCUACCUAUACCUCCACUUUGAUACAAUCUGCCUCUGUCCCAUCAGCUACCAUUGCCCAAAAAGUUAACAAUACCACACCAGAUCCAAGUCAGGGGUUAGAGGUCAAGACCCAAGUUGAAGAGGUCAACAAGGAAUGCUUUACUUCAGGCAGCUUCCCGAUUAGUUUUAAGCAGGCCUCACUGACAUCCAAUUUAACACUGGUAUCUAAGGCUCCAGAGGCUGAAAAUAUUUCUGUGGCAAUUGGAACAGAUCUCAUAAAGGAUGAAGAGGAGCAAAAUACAGUUCCCUCAGAACAUUCGCAGGCUCAGAAUGAAUGGGAAAAUGUUCAAACCAUUGAAGCAGGUUUCACAGAUCACACCAAAGGUCCCAGAGGAGCCAAGAUGACACCUCUUAUGUCUUAUUUUGAGCUGGAGGAAACUCUUAGACCAAUGGAUUACUCUAGUGCAAUGAAACAUAUCCGCCAAACUGUAAACAGACGUGGGUUUUCAGCUCUAAAACACAUUUUGUUUGGACCCCCAAAACUGAAUAGAAACCUGCUGAAAGAAAAGGAAUUCAUCUUCUGUUUAGCUGCAACCCAACUAGACAACAGUACCCUUGUUCACACUCGUGCCCUCCAAACCAUCUAUAGAUGUCUGACUGGAUCGCGGUUUGAUUGUGGAAGGUUUGGGCCACACUGGGAGGAAGUUGGAUUUCAAGGUAACGACCCUUCUACUGAUCUACGUGGGACGGGCAUACUUGGUUUACUAAAUCUGGUCAAUUUAUUGAGAAAUCCCAAACGACAGUCUCUGGCUCAAGACAUUUACAAACUUUCUCUCCAUCCCACACAAAAUUUUCCAUUCUGUGUCAUGGGGAUCAACAUGUCAAGGAUAGCUAUACAGGCACUUCGGGAAGACUGCCUUAAUAAGGAAUGCAAUAAGCGACAAGAAGUUUUAGAUGUGAUCAAUGAUUUCUAUGCUGCUUUAUAUCUGGAUCUGUAUCAGACCUGGAAAUCUCAGGGAAUGACAAUCACAGAUUCUGGACAUGUUAUCAAAUCUCUUGAGUCUAAUGCUAAGAAAAAUCCACAGCGUUUGAUAAAGGCCAUGGAGGAAUAUCUAAAACGUAAAAAAAGUUCUGUGGAUCUUGACAACAUGGAUGUAGGAGGGGAAAAUUUCCUUAGUGUUUGUGAUACAGAGGCAGGUCAAUACUGAAAAAGAUGCAGUUUCGACAAGAAAUUACACUGAAAAAGAGACAGUUUCAACAAGAAGCUAUUCAUAAACACACAUGCACAGUUUCAAAAGGAAAAUAUGCUGAAAAAAAAAAGAGAAAAUCACCAUAU